AAAGUUCUUCUCGAUGGAGGCGCCCACGUCAAUGCCUGCAGCGACAGCGGUGUAACCCCGUUGCAUAUGACUAUGCGAGACAUGGGCAGCCACCUUCGAUUGGCCCGAGUACUGCUCGAUGCAGGAGCCAACAUCGAUUCACGCACGAAUUCAGGCUCAACUCCGUUGCACUACGCCGCACAAGGAAGGCACUUGGACGUCGUCCGAGAGCUCAUCAAUCGCGGAGCAGAUGUACAUGCUCGCCGUAUCAAGGACGGCUCCAUCCCUCUUCAUCUGGCCGUAGCCGAACCCUCCGUUGUCCAGUUGCUACUUGAUGCGGGCUCGGAUCCAAAUAUCAGGGAUCAUUCAAGCCACACGGCUCUU